CUGUUAAAAGUUGGGCCCAGAGGAAGUUGGCGGUCGAAGAGGUGGAGGAGGAGCUUGAGCUCGAGAAGGACGCUUUCCUUCUGCGCCUUGUGCUCGCUCUCCUUGCACUCGUUCUCCAGCCUCUUCGUCCAGUUGAGCUCGAACCUUCAAGAUGGCGCGACUCCACACUUGACGUGCAACUUGUUGCUCGGGUCAUCUUCGGGUCAUCUUGGAGAGGCCUUAGUCGUCGACGCUGCUUGCGUCACGACUCGAGUUCGGCGCUUCCGCCCAACAGCAACCACCGUAAGCGACUUCAAGCGCAUAGUCAAGGACUCAGAGGGAUUCGAUGGCCCUGUGCGCAAUAUCAAGCUCUUCAUCGCCAAAAACAGGAGACGAUUGGCUGGAUGAGAGCUUGUAUGAAACAGUGGAGCUGGAUGACGAAUGUCUCCCACGUGGGUUUGAGAAGAUGAACGCGGAGUGCAGACUCAACGAUGUGCGGUACUUCGGAGAAAAUUUCGAGCCGAAGCAAGAGGACAUUCACAUUUUGGCGGUUAUUGCAGAUCAAGAAGCUUACAUGACGACGCAUUCCGGAAAGAGGCCGAUAAACAAGCGAAUGCUUGACCUUCUCGAUGUGCUUUUGGUUCACGCGCUCACCUCUGCACCGGCAACACUACCUGAACAAAGAUGGAGUUCAAAAAAUCCGUGUGCGAUUUCUACAAUUGGUUUCGGUCGAAGCGUCGCGUGCGCUGCAUGCUUCUCGAUGUAGCAUUUCCUCGGUCGGUUGUGGAAGCGUCGUACUUAUUCCGUCGCAGUAAUGCACUUUUGGCUGAGAGCAUGUUGCGGAUUUCAGAUCUCGAAGCGGAACGGAAUAAUACUAAAAAAAAAAAACUAAACUAAAAUAAUAGUUUAGUUUUUUUUUUAAUAGCUGAAA